AUCUUUUGUAACUAAACUGACAGUUUAGAAAACAUUCAGAAUUUACUUUAAAGGAGAAAAAUUGAGACAUUUCCUUUCAGUCAUUGCAUUUAGGCUGUGACCAGCUUGCAUUAAGUAAAACAACUCACUUAUAACCUUUGUUCUUUAAUAAUUCCUUAAUUAAGUUGCUGAUAUAAUAAACCAAGCGAGGAGAAUGACCUCCGACUGCAGGAAUCCCAGCACUCCCAUGGUCUCACAAGAGGAACCAUUACCAAAUUCUCAGCAGGAAAUUGGUUGAUAAAAGUGACUCCUUAUGGCAGGAUGGUGGAAUUUCCCUCAAUUCAUUAGCAUGGAGAGAGAGGAGGGAAAAAUAAAACAGGAAGGUGACUGACUUCUGCUUUUCUAGACCUCACUGCAUAAAUAGCCGGUUUCCCCAGACAUCAGUCAGUUCAUUGAGCACUCUGAAGAAGAAGGGAGAAGAAAGAACAACAGAUAAUAACAGAUAAUUUAUCAAACUUUUUGAAAAUGGCAAACUCUGGAUGUCUCUUUGCGCUGGUCGCCGUUGUCCUGUUGGCUGUGGUCGAGUGUGGCCCAUCAGCUGAGAAGCUAGCAACCUGCUGCACAAAAGUCACCACAAAGGAGAUUAAGGAACCGAUCCUGGGAUACCUGGCCCAGAGAGCAAACCCUCCAUGUGUCCAGGCAGUCAUCUUUCAGACACAGUCCGGUCUUUUCUGCGCUUAUGUGAGAGCUCCCUGGGUUCGUGCCAAGAUUGUUGCAUUCGAGAAAGCUAAAGCCCAGUCCACUACACCAUCUGUGGUACCUACAUCUCCAGUCUCCCUUCUCUCCAUCAUAACAUCCACCGCCUCUCCUUCAUCAUCUUCCACCACGCUACCUUCCUCCACAUCUACCUCUGAGAUGUCGACUGGUGCGACCUUUUCAGUAAGCAGGAAUGAGUAGGACGCCAUGUGAUGAAGAAAGCUGUGACCUCCCCCAAGAUGUUGGGGGAACUAACUGAUGUUAAAUUAUUAGCAUAAUUAUUAAGUGUCUUUCAGUUAAUUGAAAGCAAUAUUAUUUAUUAGUUGAAUCUAAUUGAUCUGUGCUGAUAUAGUAAAAGCAAAUAUUCAUUGUAAAGUGUAUUUAUCAAUAUUCACAUGUUAAUGUGCACAACAUUUGGAGUUUUAAGUUUCUAUUACAUGCAGGCAUGUUUUUAUGAAAAAUAGAGAUAUUUAUUUACUUAAAAUAUUGUUGUAACUUAAAAGUGAAGUUGUGAAACCACGAUGGUUAGGAACUUUACAUUCAGUAUUCGUUAGUUUAUUAUGAUCUAUUUGGAGGUCAAACAAAUGCAUUCUGAUAAUCCAGAAAUUCAUUUGUUUAAUUCUUCUGAGAAAGUGUCAUGAGAUAUUUAUUUAAUUGAAAGCUUUUAUUGUGAGGAUUGUGAGGGGGGAAAAUAAAUAUUAAAUUUAUGGUGA